AUGCCUCCAAAGAAGGAUUUACGUGAAGAUAUCUCCAUGGCUGAUCUGCAACGUUCCCUGGUAACAAUGCAGGAAAAUCUCCAAGCCUCGUUUCAACAAUCAAUCCGUGCAUUAGGCGAAACACUUGCUCAGAAUCAACAAACACUAAUCACUGCAGUCACCGCUAACAACAGAAUCGUUGCUGGCAACAACAACGUCAAUGACGGUGACAAUAACCAACCUCUACAACGCCAACAGGAGGGCCGAAAACUUCCCCAAAACAAUCCAAUGGGUGAUCGUAGGUGGGAAUCAGGCCUUAAAGUCGAUAUCCCGGAAUUUCAAGGCAGUCUGCAUGGGGAAGAUCUGAUCGACUGGAUUAUUACAGUGGAAGAAGUCCUGGAAUUUAAACAGGUCCCACCCGACAGACAAGUUUCUCUUGUUGCAACCCGAUUCAGAGGUCGUGCGGCAUCAUGGUGGCUUCAACUUAAAGCCAACAGAACUCGUUUGGGAAAAACACGGAUUGCAACCUGGGAAAAUUUGAAAAAGCAUCUUCGCACUCAGUUUCUUCCUCUCAACUAUGAUCGUGUUAUGUUCACCAGGCUACAAAAUCUCCGCCAAGGCACUCGAACUGUUGAUGAAUAUGCAGAAGAGUUUUAUUUACUCUUAACCCGCAAUGAGUUGCACGACACACAAAUCCAAUUGGUUUCCCGAUUUAUUGGUGGCCUUCGUCCGCAACUCCAAAAUUCUCUUGCUCAAUUCGACCCGACAACACUGGCCGAAGCACAUCGGCGAGCUGUGGCCUUCGAAGCUCAGUCCAGCGCUAAAUCUUCAUGGAAUACGUCGAAUAGAUGGAAAACUCGUCCUCAAGGGGCAGACAAUGACAAUGCCAUUCCAUCGACUCCUACAGGAGGAUUCACUGACGUUUCGAACAAGCAGAUGGGGGAGAACCGAGCUUCAACAGAGGACAGUACUCUUCGACGAUCAAAUCGUCCGAAUGCCCUUCGGUGUUACUCUUGCGGUGAAGCAGGUCAUCGCCAAACCGCAUGUCCAAAUCAACAGCGACAAGGCUUACUCUUAGACGGCAGCGACCCUCUCAAUGAAUGUUCAGAUAAUGGCGACGAGGAUCAGGUCGAAGAGGUUCAUAUCUAUGGCGACAAAGACGCACUGUCGUUAAUGAUGCGUCAUAUUUGCUUAGCACCACAGGGUUAUGAAGAGCCAUGGCUAAGGACGAACAUCUUUCGUUCUACCUGCACGAUUAAAGGGAAAUUGUGCCACUUGGUCAUUGAUUCAGGUAGCAGCCGCAAUGUGGUAUCGGAAGAAGCUGUUAAAAAGCUGGGAUUGCGACGUGACGAACAUCCAGCACCUUAUUCACUUGCUUGGAUUACAGAAGGCACUGAUGUGAAAAUCACCCAACAUACUCUGGUUUCAUUUUCCAUCGGUACCGUCUACAAGGACACCAUCUAUUGUGAUAUUUCUCUUAUGGAUGUUAGUCACCUCAUCCUCGAACGCCUGUGGCAAUAUGAUCGCGAUACUUGUCACAAUGGGAAGAAAAACACAUACAGUUUUCUGUUCGAUAGCCGCAAAAUAGUUCUCGUACUACCAACAAAAUCGUCGCCUUCCCACCAACUAUUGCUGUGCUCUCGUUCUCAGUUUGAAACAGAGUUUAAAAACUCCGGAUUUUUGUUGGCACUGCUUCCAACUUCUCUUAAACCCGCAAAGUCCACACCACCAUUGAAACCAGAGUUCGCGGAGCUUAUUCGAGAAUUUCAUGAUGUGUUUCCCGAGGAUCUUCCUGAGAGUUUGCCUCCUUUGCGCGACAUACAACACCAAAUUGACCUUGUUCCUGGUGCCACAUUGCCCAAUCGAUCUCAUUACCGUAUGAGCCCUCAGGAACAUAAGGAAUUACGACGUCAAGUAGAGGGUUUGUUGGCCAAGGGACACAUUCGCGAAAGUCUUAAUCCGUGCGCGGUUCCUGCGUUGUUGAUCCCGAAAAAAGACGGUACGUGGCGAAUGUGUGUCGAUAGUCGCGCGAUCAACAAAAUCACAGUACGCUAUCGUUUUCCUAUUCCGCGUCUGGACGAUUUACUUGAUCAGAUUGGCAAAGCUACGAUUUUUUCCAAGCUGGAUCUCAAGAGUGGAUAUCACCAGAUACGAAUUAAACCCGGUGAUGAAUGGAAGACAGCUUUCAAAACACGUGAAGGAUUAUUUGAAUGGCUUGUUAUGCCAUUCGGGUUAUCUAAUGCUCCUAGUACGUUCAUGCGUGUUGUGAAUCAAGCUCUGCGGCCUUUUAUUGGGAAAUUUGUCGUCGUCUACUUCGACGAUAUACUAAUCUUCAGCUCCUCCCUCGACGAUCACCUCCAGCAUUUGCGAAACGUUUUGGACAUUCUUAGGCGAGAUCAAUUCUUUGUUGCGAAACACAAAUGUGACCUGGGUACUGAUCAUGUUUUGUUUCUAGGAUAUAUGGUCUCCAAGGAUGGACUUUCGGUGGACAAAAACAAAGUGGAAGCCGUCCAGUCUUGGCCUGUUCCGCGUUCACUUACCGAAGUUCGUAGCUUCCAUGGAUUGGCUUCUUUUUAUCGUCGUUUUGUUCCUCAUUUUAGUAGCAUUAUGGCGCCUAUUACUGAUUGUAUGCGUGAGGGAAAAUUUACCUGGACGGAUGCGGCGUCAACUGCUUUUGCAACGAUAAAGGACAAACUUACAUCAGCCCCCAUCCUUGUCUUGCCCGACUUCACUCAGGCGUGUGAACUCCAUUGUGAUGCAUCUAAAUUGGGCAUUGCUGUAUUAAGUCAGCAGGGGCGUCCCAUUGCUUAUUAUAGCGAGAAGCUGUCCGGUGCUCGUAUACGCUACAGUACGUAUGAUAUUGAAUUUUAUGCGGUGGUUCAAGCAAUUAAACACUGGAGGCACUAUCUGUUUCACCGCGAGUUCAUAUUAUUCACCGAUCAUGAUGCGCUCAAACAUCUUGAUAGUCAGGCCAAAGUUUCUUCUCGCCAUGCAACAUGGAUCACAUUCUUACAGCAGUUUACGUUCACCAUUCUCCACAAAGCUGGUAAACUUACCGUGUGGCAGAUGCUCUUAGUAGACGGCAUGCUUUGGUCGUGA